CGGUGAUGUCAACGUAGUGUUAAGAUGCUAGAUCUGCAAAGAUGGCGCUGAUUUGUGUUGUGUCAGAUUUUUAAAAUUGAUUUGAACCUUAUCGAGUUUUGACACGACGUGGGAAUUAGCUCGUAAGUUGUACUUUCGCAAAUACAGCAAUCAUAUUGAAAUUCAACGAGCCAUACCGUGGCGGUGGGGCGCACCAAUAGUCACGUGUAAUGUCGUGUACAGGUAGCAUUUUGCACUUAACCUAGUCAUGUUGAACCUUGAACCGUCAUCGCGUAUAUGAAGUUCACGGAACUUCGUGAGACAUUACGAGAUGUAGGAAAGAAUCCUCGUUGAAUCUGACUGAAGAAAGAAUUGUUGGCAGAGCCACGUCGAUACAGAAAUAUAUUGUGCGGCAGAUCGUGUAGUCCGGCAGAAAACGCAACGCUGAUUAGUAGUUUAUCGCCUGGACUUCCUCGUCGUCCGCAAACUGGUGACAACGAGGUUCGAUUGGAUGCAGAUAAAAUUUACACCUGGCUGAGAUGCCGAAAAUAAAGAUCAGGCAAACGCCAAACCCCCGUUGGUUAAGGCAACGCGAGUUAGGUGUUAAGUUCCCUCUAGGUCACAGUGACCAAUUUCAUAAGACUCUUUACUCCUCUAUGCAACCCGUAACCUCGUGGGAUCACGGGGACAACUUAACUACUGCGAGGCACGGUGGUGUGUUUAAUUUAGAAUAUUCACCAGAUGGGUCUCUCUUGUUAGCAGCAUGUGAGAAGAAAAGUAUCUUAAUGUUUGACCCAUUGUGCAGGAGAUUGAUUCAUGCUAUAGAUAAUGCUCAUAGUGAUUGUGUCAAUUGCGUAAGGUUCCUGGAUCCACGUAUGUUUGCGACCUGUUCAGACGAUAGCACAGUAGCUCUAUGGGAUGCUAGAAACUUAAAGCACAGGAUAAGAACACUUCAAGGGCAUUCUAAUUGGGUCAAAAACAUAGAAUAUAGUCCAAAGGAUAGCCUAUUAUUGACUAGUGGAUUUGAUGGUAGCAUAUAUACUUGGGAUAUUAAUAGCUUUACAGAGGAUAAUUUUGUUUACAAUCGAGUUUUUCAUACAAAUGGACUAAUGCGAACAAGACUUAGUCCUGAUGCUAGUAAAAUGUUAAUAUGCACUACUUCAGGAUAUCUCAUUAUAAUACAUAAUCUUAAACUCAGUACACUAACUCAGGACUUGGCAGGAUUUAAGCCAAAUAUGUAUAGACUAAUGCAGUUGUCUCAAACUACUAUACCGGUUGCUGCGAGUUUCACUCAUUUGUUUGCUCACUCCCGUACUCACAAUAGAGUUGAGUUCCUUACCGAUUUUCCCAUGGGUGAUGAUGCCGAAGUGAUAUCGAGUCUUCAAGUUCACCCACAGGGAUGGUGCGCCUUAUCUAGAAACGUUAGCAAUGGGGAGAAAUCUGAGUGGACCUGCGUCCACGACAUACAAGAACGUGACGCAACAAACAAUUUGGAACAUACGAAGGAAAGCGAAGAGACUGCUCCGCAAUUCAACGAGUUGACUGUGGAGGAGUUCGAGGACUUUCAACAACCACAACCGUCGCGUUCGGGUAUCACGUCUUCCUUCGUGAUAGAGAGUGCGAAUCGUGCCAGAGUAGUACAUACCGUAUCGGAUGUAAGAUCGAAUUCAUUUGUAUCCACGGACGGCGCAUCGUCGGUUAGACCGCCGAGGACAAGUUGGCAGGUAACGCCGCGUAGGAAUGUACGUUCCGCGAGGAGUAUGGAUAGAAUGCGUACGGAUAGAAACGUAGUGCGAGCGAACUUCGACAUGGUCGAAGUAAAUUCGAAUGCGAACAACGCUGACGCAAGAGUAAACGCGAUUAUUGAGGAAAGAGAGGAGGAUCAGUAUGUGGACGAUAAUAACGAGACCCCAGGGCAUAAUGCGUUAUUGUCCGACGAGAGAGAUCGAGAAUAUCGGUCUCCGAGACCAAAUUCUCAGCUCAACGAUUUACGGCGACGUAACGUGAUCGACAAUUUUGCCAGUGGUAACGUAGAGCUGCACGUUAGCACAACUGACGUGUGGGAAGCACUCGUAGCGAUCAGAGAAGCUAGACUUCGGAGGGAACGCGAGAGAGAGUUUUAUCCCGCCGCCGACAGGAGGGACUGGCUCCCUAGAGCGAACAACGGCGUGAGCGUGAAUAUUCCGCGAUCGUCCCAUACGGUUGUGAUAAUCGGCGACAGGACCCGGGUGCAGAAUCAAAACCGGCAGAAUCUGCAGACCAUGUACGCUAUACCGAGAAACCACAAGAUACACCAGAACACGCCCAGAUUAACGCACUACAUCGAGGAGCCCAAUGUUGGUUCCGGUUAUAUCAAGGAAUUGUGCUUCUCGGCCGACGGUAGAUUGAUAUGCUCACCAUUCGGUUAUGGGGUACGGUUACUGGCGUUCUCGAGCAAUUGCACGGAGUUGUCCAACUGCGUACCAUCCGUCAACGAGUCCGUACCACUUCACGAGUUAGCGACCAAUGCUAGUCAUUCCGAUAUUGUGGUUAGCACCAAAUUUUCCCCUAGACAUUGCUUGCUCGUGUCCGGCUGCCUUGGUGGCAAGAUUGUUUGGCAUCAGCCGGUAGUUUAGCUAAAUUGAUAAUUUACUAUAGGCAAUAUUAUUUUCUAUCCAUUGGUAAUAUAGAUAGGUAGACAGAUGUUGCCGCUUUGUGCAAAAACAAAUCAUUGUAGAGAAUCGCGCCGACUAUGCAGAAUGAAUCUUUCUUUUUUCUCUUUUCCUUUCUUAAUUGUCAUUUUUAUUCGAUGCAUAUGUCUUUUUAAUGAAUGUUUUUCAAUAUAUUAUUAUACUGUUCCACAUUUUCUACUAUUAUACACUCUCUAUGUUGAUAAUACGCAUAACGAAUUAAAUUCUACAGGAUUUACAUUUGCAUAUAUCUUUGAGAGAAAGACGAGAAUCACUAAGAGAAGCAUGAUAUUUUAGUUGCACAUUAAUGUAACGUGACAUUAGUGUAACGCUCACACUCAUGUGAUAUAAUUAAUUAAACAAAAACCGACAUUUAAUAUCACUAACUUUUCACUAAUUAAUACGAGCCAAACUGUAGAUAGUGAUAUCGACAAAAACGUAUUAAUGUGCAAUCAUGAAUGUAUUAAUAAUGUAAUCAAUUCUAUAGUAUUGUUUUCGUGUAUUUUAUUCGAAGCAAGAUUUUUUAUAAUUUAUUUCGGAUUAUAAUCAAUUUAAUUAUUAUUAUCGAUCGAAUUAUUAUUAUUAUUAUCAAUCGUACAAAGAAAUAAAAACAUUUAUUUUCAAUAUGUAUGAUUGUAUUUUUCCAGAUGAAAUAUUUUUGAAAGUAUAAUAGAGAAUGCGCAUUAAAAAUUGUAACGCAAGACGCACAUUCCAUAUUAUAGACAAAAAUGAAGAUUAGAUAUUUAUAUUAAUAUUUGCCGUUUAUUAUUGAAUAUAGUGUGUCACAUGUAUCGAUAUUGAUCUGUUUCCGAUUUAUAUAAGGAAUAUUAUUAAUUAUGUACGCGUUUUACCUAAAUGAGAGGAUUCUAUCUUUCAUAAAUAUUAUUAAUAUAAUUAAUAAUUUAUUAAUAUCUUUUGUUAUAUUAUUUUAUAUAGCGUUAAUAUCACAUAAUACACACACACACACACACACAAUAACAUAAUCUCUUGUUAUCGUAAUAUAUCCCUCCUUUCAAAACAAAUUUUUUAAAUUAUAAUGAAGAAAUCAAAAUUCAGAAACUUAUAAAAUAAAAAAGCAUGAAUCAAAAAUUAGAAUUCUUUUGUCAAUUUGGACUUGAGUUUUAUUUAGUGAAAAUGUUAAGGAGAUAAAAUUUUCUUGUCUGUUCUCAUUAUUGGAGAGUAUUUCGUCCAGAUUUUACUUCUCUAUAUUUUUCUAACCGGAAGAUUGUUUUAGUUUUU